AUGGCCAAUCCCCCCAAUUUCCAUGCGGCCUCAUUCGAUGGGGCCGUGGAGAACACCGAGUUCAACUUCCGUAGCUUGUAUUUACACCACAUUUUUUCUGGACCAAAUCCAACCCAAGCAGGCAUCGUAAGUAAAGAUGCUACCACUGGGUGGGGAUCGACAGUAGUUAACAACUGGCCCAUAUAUGAUGGGGUUGGCCAUGACGCAAAGCUACUGGCCCGCGCACAAGGGCUGCAUAUCAACGCUGGUAGUUGGCACAAUUCCUUCACUAUUGUGUUCGAGACUGAAAGGUUUAAGGAAAGCACACUUCAGGUAAUGGGAACAUCUGUUCAUGAAGGUCAGUGGUCUAUUGUUGGUGGGACGGCUGACCUUGCGAUGGCACGUGGUGUCAUAGAGAAAAAACUACAUGAGAAAAAAAAUGGUGGAGACAUAAUCGAGCUUACCAUCCAUGGGUUCUGCCACAUGCAGAUACCCACUCUUGUAAAGAGUGGCCCUUGGGGUGGCAAUGGAGGUUCCCCUGUUGAUUCAGAGAAACCCUCAAGGAUAGAAAGUAUCACCAUCCUUUAUAAAGGAAUAAUUGCUUCAUUUGAAUAUACUUACAUCGAUUAUUAUGGCAACAGGCGCACAUCAGGUCCUUGGGGUAGUGAGAAUCCCAAUUGCGCUGAGAUCAUGUUGGGCCCGGGGGAAAUUGUGACAGCAGUGUCUGGAACGGUUAUUAAACAUGAUACUUACGUGGGGACUAAAGUCGAUGUUGUGCAGACACUCAAGUUUGUCACAAACAAGAAAACCUACGGACCUUACGGGAAUCUUGACUAUAAUAAAGAACUUGGUACUCCUUUCAGCGCCGUUGCACCUGAUGACAAAGCAAUUGUUGGCUUCUUCGGGCGUACUGAUGACAAAUACCGAAAUGCAAUUGGCGUAUAUAUUGCCUAG